AUGUCGGCAAACCGGCCAACUAGGCGCAGGGACCACCGCAAAGGCGGGUGGAUUCCGGAGAGAAGAAACCACUGCGAGCACGAAAAUAUUCGGAAGGUUGAAUGCUCACCCGCAAACGGAUCUAUCGUCCCGACCGAUCCUGAUGAUAUGGAUGAGAUCAGACAUAGAAGGGUGUAUUGCAUUGCAUUCAACUUCUUCGAAGACCCUGUGGGACUGCAAGGAGGUCCACUGCAAGACUCGCCAAAUGGGCUUUGCAUAAGUAAUCCUUCUCCUCUGGUCCUCAUUAUCGCAUGUGAGCCUUAUCAGGUUUUCUUCCCCUCCCGCACCCAAAAAGCCUUGACAUUCCCCACGGCACGCCUACCGACGGACAACAAAUCUUAUCCAGAUAAAUCGUCCUAUUCAGCCACUCGACCCUAUUUCAACUACGGACAUCGGGAAGGAUCUCUCAAAAUCAAUCAUAUCUAA